AUGGAGCUUAUUCAGCAAUCAGCGGAAGUACCGGACGAAAUGUACACCAAUUACAUGACGAUGCAAGGACGAUCGAAAAGAUCGACACGUGACGAAAAAGGUCUCUAUACUGUAAGAACUUGUUCGCUUUAUCUACAAGCCGAUCACAAGCUAUACGAACACAUUAAACGAAAAGAAGGAAAUAAUGAUGUAAUCAGGACGCGAGAAGAGAUUGUUGGCUUGUUCUACAAUCAUAUAAAAGCUGUGAAUGAAAUCUAUGAAGGGACCAAUUUUAAUGGCAUUAAAGGACUUCAUUUUGUUAUUCAAAGGACUUCGGUAUGUGAAUCGCUUGAAAUUAUCUAUACCCCAGACACAUGCGAUCGAGGUCGUCCAGUUGCUGGUAGCGACAAUCCUUUUUGUGAAGAGAAUGUAGAUGUAUCAAACUUUUUAAAUCUCAACUCACAACGCAAUCAUUCUGCUUUUUGUCUCGCUUAUGCACUCACUUUCCGCGAUUUUGUGGGAGGCACUCUUGGAUUGGCUUGGGUGGCAAGUCCACAGUACAAUACGGCUGGUGGUAUUUGUCAAGUGUACCAACGUUACAACGAAGGAUCGAGAGGAUGGGUUUUUCGCUCAUUGAAUACCGGAAUUGUGACGCUUGUCAACUACGGGAAUCGUGUACCAACGCGAGUAUCACAGCUUACACUUGCUCAUGAGAUUGGCCACAAUUUUGGAUCUCCACAUGAUUUUCCCCUAGGCAAGUCAAUUGCUGCUGUAAUAAGAAUGACUAACAAAGAAACUGGUCUGGUUAUUUAG